AUGAAUAGUGCAAAUCUUCUAUGGAUUGGCUCGACACAAAUUAAUAUGAAUGAACUGAGAAAAGAAUUUAUGGUACCAAAUACAAGUCCUAUUCGAACGGCAAUUACUUACAUUUCUGGUCUUGGAUAUUAUGAACUUUAUCUGAAUGGUAACAAUGUCGAUCCGAGCCGAAAGUUGGAUCCAGGCUGGACAACAUACGAGAAACAUACAUUUUUUGUAUCUUUCGAUCUGACGGCAAACAUCACGGUUGGCAUGAAUGCUGUAGGAGUCAAACUAGGUAAUGGUUGGUAUAGUCGAGAGUUACAGAGAGAAUCAAACUAUGGCCCUCCUCGUCUUCUUUUCAUCUUAACUAUUACUUUUGAAAACGGUGAAGUAAUGCAAGUUUUCAGCGAUCAAACAUGGAGGGGUCGUACAGGGUCAAUUCUGUAUGAUAGUGUUUAUAAUGGCGAAUUGUAUGAUGCUCGAAAUGUCCGUCCCGAUUGGGCGCGAGUAGGAUUCAACGAUUCACUGUCGGCUUGGAUUAUGCCUGAAUUGAUGCCACCACCACUGAAUAUCACACUCAACGGUCAACUCAUUCUACAGGAUAUGUUACCAAUUCGAGCAGGAUUAGAUGCGUUGCAUUUUGAAACAAGUCAAGAAAAUGGAUAUUUGAAAACUGACGAUAUAGGAGAGAUCAAGGGUGCACCAUUAACUGAUCGUGGAAGCGGUGUGUUGAAACCUGUGGCCAUGUGGCAACCGACUACCGGAAUUCACAUGUUUGACAUAGGUCAAAAUAUGGCGGGAUGGUGUCGAGUCAAAUUGCGUGGUGCACGAGGUGUCGGUGUUUACAUUCGUCAUUCCGAAAUAUUGGCACAGCCAUUGAUGUCCACUGGCCAAUCCUACGGUGGUAUCAACACAGAAAGUCUUCGUAGUGCUGCACAAACUGACAUCUACGUACUGCGUGGUGAUCCUGCCGGCGAAAUCUACGAACCGACUUUCACUGUACAUGGCUUUCGUUAUCUGUCUGUUUCUGGCGCACCAAAUCCGUUGACAGUCGACGAUAUCGAGUGUCCUUUAGUGCAUAGUGAGACAACAUUGAAAGGUCACUUUGUCACGAGUAAUCCUGUCGUCAAUCAAAUUCAGCACAACGUCCAAUGGGGCCAGCUAAGUAACAUCAUGGCGGUGCCUACAGCUUGUUCCCAACGCGAUGAACGCACAGGAUGGACGGGUGAUACGGCUCUAUCAGUAGAUGAAGCUUUAUACAAUUUUGAUUUGAUGAAAUUUUAUUUGAACUAUCUCAAUUUGAUCAUUGAUCUUCAAUUGGCUAAUGGGGCUAUACCCGACGUAGCACCGGGAGGUGGUGGUUAUCCGGCUGAUCCCAACUGGGGUACUGCAUUACCUACGAUUACCUGGCAGCUCUACCGUCAUUACAAUGACAGUCAAAUUCUGGCUGAUUACUAUAAUCCUGUUCGUGCUUAUGUGGAAAAUAUUCGCAGUGGCUAUAACAACACAGGACUUGUCAAUCUUGCGUACCAGUUUGGUGACUGGGUUCCACCGCCACCAUAUCCUCAGACAAACGCGCAUUUGAUUGCAUCAACAGAAAAUGAUUGUAUUCAAUUCAGCACCGAUCCAUUGAGAAAGGAUUUUAUGGAACCAGCGUUGGAUACUCUAGCUGCUAGUGGUACCCGAUGCGGUGGUAACAGGCGUGAAAGGCGUGGUGCUUGUCGACAACUGAGGCUUCAGACAACAUAG